AUGGAGGAAAAGUUGGCAUUGGACCCACUAGAGGAAGGUUAGUGUUUAGUGGCCAUUGUUUGAACCAGUGAGCUUCUGGUGAUCACGUGUAAUGUAGCUUGGUCUCAGGUGCGGACGAAAUAGUGAUUGUUUAUAUAAACUGGAGAAAAUUUCGCAAAAAAACUUUGAUGGAGAGGUCAUACACCUGCAUAAGAGUGAAAACAUGGAUAAGAAGACUCACAGUGAGGAAAAGGUGAAAACGUCAGAGAGCACAAACGCUUCCACGGCAAAGCUUGCAUUUUGCCACGAAGAAGGUGUGGAACCUUAUGAACCAUGGAAAAAUCGAAAUUUGACACAUCCUCUGAACAACAUGGGGGCUUUGUUCCACAUGAUCAAAGGAAGUCUCGGCUCCGGUAUACUAGCGAUGCCUGUCGCUUUCAAAAACGGAGGGCUUUGGGUCAGUCUCUUCUGUGCUGUUCUCGUAGGCGUUGUAUACACUCACUGCGUUCAUAUACUGAUAUACAGCUGCCAAAUCCUCUGUACAAGGUUAAAACUACCAAGGCUCGGGUUCGCAGAGAUUGCGGAGGCUGCGUUCCGCACAGGACCUACAAAAUGGCGGAAAUAUAGUACAGCUGCCAAGAACAUUGUUGAUUUAGGAUUGUUCUUGGGAUAUUACGCAUGCUGCAUAGUGUAUGUUGUGUUCACAGCGUCUUCAUUAAAACAGGUUAUAGAACAUGACUUUGACGUCUCAAUGGAUGUUCGACUGUACAUUCUCGCAGUCACAGUGUUUGUGUUGCCCAUCGGCAUCAUUCGCAACCUCAAGUACCUUGUGCCCUUCUCGUUCAUCGCGAUUGUUGCGCUAACAUUCGGCUGCUGCUUCGUCCUCUACGACAUCUUCCAAGACCUUCCUCCGCUCUCCUCCAGGCCAGUGUUUACUUCUUGGAGUCACCUACCGCUGUUCUUCUGCACCAUGAUCUACGCUGUGGACGGCAUUGGAACAGUGUUACCGAUAGAGAACGCCAUGAGCAAUCCUCAGCGUUUCCUGGGGUGUCCUGGCAUCCUGAACGCAUCUAUGGUGUGGCUGAUAGCUCUCUAUGGUACCAUGGGCUUCUUUGGUUACCUUCGUUACGGGGAGGAAACAGCUGGCUCCAUAACAUUGAAUAUCUCAUCAUCUACAAUGGGACAGACAGUUAAGCUCAUGGUGAUUCUGAAUGUGCUAUGUUCGUACGGACUCUUCUUGUACGUUCCUUGCGAAAUUGUGUGGCGCAACAUUGAAGGAUUUAUUGGGAAAAGUAGAAAAACUUUCAAGUACUACACAAUGAGAGUUGUCUUAAUACUACUAACAGUUGUCAUAGCAACAAUAGUGCCAGACCUGGAGCCAUUCGUAGGUCUUGUCGGAGCGAUCUGCUCCUCGACUCUGGUGCUCUUCUUCCCCCCCGUCAUAGAACUUGUGACAUUCUGGGAAGAUGAUAAGUACAUGGGUCCGUACCGGUGGAAGUUCUACAAGAACUACAUUCUCAUCAUACUUUGGUUCAUCACCCUAGUCACAGGAGCUCACAUCAGCUUACAAAAGAUUAUAGAACUUUACCAGUAGAGUGAAAAUUGAAUUUUGCCAAGUAAGAAGUGUGAGGUAAAUUGCAGUAAAAUUACAAUCAUCCAAAGUUAUACCAAGUGGAGGGAGCUGGUCUAGUGGUUAGAGCGCGGGACUUCAGUCCCUGAGGUCCCGGGUUAAAAUCCUGCCAAAUCACCCAUGGAUUUUAUCAAAGGGAUAAUGCCAUAACCCCUACGUCUAGCCUGAAGUAAUGUGAAAAACAAUCCCGGGCACGUGCCAAAGUUUAUACCAUAGACUUUUGUAAACUAAAGUUGAGGUAAUAUAUGGAUAAGCUAGAGGCAAAUUUUUAUUAAAGUAGAACAUAGAUGAAUGGCACAGAGAGGGCUACUGUCAAAAUUAUAUUUGAUAGUUUUAAUACUUUAAUAGUCGUUCCUUUAUGACUUCUUUUAGGGCUAUG